CCUGAAAAAUAACAUUAAAUAAACAAUUGCUAUGUCCUUGUUUGUAGCCAAAGUCAAGAAUGUGUUGAGCGGUGACACCGUGGUGCUUGUUCCCUCGAAAACGGCACAAUUUCCAGCUCCAGAAAGAGUCUUGACUCUCUCUUACGUCAGAGCCAACGACUCUUUUGCUGCCAAGGAGUACUUGAGAAACUUGUUGAUUGGCAAGGAGAUAAAGUUCAAGGUCAACUACAAGAACCCUCAAACCGGUCGUGAGUUUGGUGACGUCCAGGCUCCUAUUUUCAAGUCUUUGAUCCAGUACCUCUUGGAAAAGGGUUUGGUCAAGUUGAAGGAUAACUUCCUGGAAAACGACGGGGACAUUUAUUACGACUUGAAGGAAGUCGAGAACAGUGCCAAAUUGAACAACUUGGGCGUGUGGAACACCACCAGUUCAGAAAAUAUUGAACUUGUAUCUCUUACUGAAAACAUCAUCAACAAGUCACAGAAGUACCCGAUCAAGGCCAUUGUAGAAAAAGUCAUCAGUGGUGACAGAGUUGUGGCUCGUAUCAUCGUCAAGGAAAACCAACACGUUUCCACUGCGUUGUUGUUGGCUGGUAUCAAGGCUCCGAGAACCGAUGACGUUAACCAACCUGCUGCUACCACCAAAGUAGCCCAACAGGCUAAAGCCUUUGUGGAAGACAAGCUCUUGACAACCAAGGCCGAAUUGACUGUUUCCAUUGUAGGUGAGUCUCAGACAGGGGUUCCAAUAGCUUUAAUUCACCAUUCCUCUGGCAACAACAUUCACGAGAAGUUGUUGGAACAGGGCCUUGGAGAAAUUGUAGACUGGCAAUCGACCAUGAUUGGCUCUUCUGCAAUGGGAGGCUUGAGAAGAGCAGAGCAAACGGCUAAAGCUUUAGGUAAAGGUUUGUAUGCCAAUUCUACUCGUCCAUCAGGCGGUUCCACUGCUGGUUCAGGUGUUUCCAGCAAGUCGUUAAAGCCUGGCUCCACUAUUGAGAAUGUUCAGAUUGCCAAGGUUGUCAAUGCGGAUACUUUGGUUAUCCGUUUGCCUCAUUCUGAAGAAGAGUUGACAGUGCAACUUGCUUCUAUUAGAGGCCCCAGACCAAACGACACUACUAUCACUUCAGACCACCAAAAACAACAGGCUCUUGUUUCUACAGCCCGUGAAUUUGUCAGACAUCAAGUUAUUGGCAAGACUGGUACUAUCUUCAUCGAUGGUUACAGAAACGAGAAUAAAGAGUUGGGUUUUGACGCUAGAUUUUUGGUUAGCUUCAAGUACAACAAUAAUAUCGACUUGUCCGAAACGCUUGUACAAAACGGUUGGGCUACUGUCAUCAGACAUAACAAGGCUACUUCCCAUGAGAGAUCAUUGAACUGGGACAGAUUGAUUGAGAUCGAAGAAGAACAGAAGAAGCAGGCUAAAAAGGGUUUGUUCACAAGCGGUGACAUCACCAAGGUGUUAACCGUAGGCACAAGAGUUAUUGAUGCUUCCGAGAACUUUGCAAAAGCCAAGACAUUCUUCAAUGGGUUCAAGCAGAAGGGCAGAAUUUCUGGCUACUACGUCGAAUUCGUGCCUUCUAUCAAUAGAGUCAAGUUAUUCAACCCUAAGGAAGGGUUGAAAUUGACGUUGAUCUUGGGUGGUUUGACCAACGAAAGAUCUGAAGCUUUGGGAGAGCAAGGUGUCAAAUUUUUGAACAAAAAGUUCUUGCAGAGAGCCGUAGAGUUCGAUAUCUACGAUACCGACAAGAUCGGUUCUUUCAUUGGUAACUUGUACGCAUCCAACAACAGUUUGUCUCCUGUACAAGUCAAUUUAUUGGAACAGGGUUUGACCAAGACCCACGAAAUAGCCAUCAAUGCCAAUUCGUUUGCUGGUGAAUUGAUCAAGGCCGAGGAAUCUGCUCAAUCAUCCAAAAAGGGUGUCUGGGCUGGCUAUGAUCCAGCAAAGGCUAAGGCUGAGUUGGACCAGACUGCUGCUAAGCUCAACGAAUUGAACUUGGAAUCGUUGAAGCCAAAGUUCUUCGAUGUUGAAAUCGUAGAUGUAGACAACACUGGUGUUGUUUCGUUCCACCAUUUGGACGGAGCCACUGUUGCCAAGUUUGGCGAUUUCAAGAAAAAGUUUAACGACUUCCAUCUCAAGCUCCCCAGCGCUAGCACUCAAUCUGUAGAUUUGCCUCACAACUUAACCAAGGCUCCUAAGAAGGGUGAGUUAGUCAGUGCAAAAUUUGCUGAAAACAGCAAGUACUACAGAGCCAAGGUCGUCAACUUUGACAAGGCUUCCAACAAGUACGAAGUCAAGCACUUGGAUUUCGGCAACGUGGACAAGGUUCCUUUGAAUUCCUUGCGUUUGUUGCCUGCCCAGUUCAACUUGCAGGCUUUUCCUGUUUUCGCUCACACGGCUACGUUACAGAACUUGAGAUUACCUCCUAAGACUCCUACUGAUUACUUAACUGAUGCCUUGUAUGCGUUGGAAGACUUAACGUUUGAGAAGAAGUUGGUGAUCAGUGCUUUGCCAUCUUCGAACCCAAGCGUGGAAUAUGAAGGUAUUUUCUAUGAUGCCGAAGAGUCGUUGAAGGACUCUACCUACACCAUUAACAAGCAAUUGGUCAGUGAAGGUUGGGCCAUUGUAGACACCAAGAACGUUAAGCCACCUGUCAAGGACUAUGUCAACGAGUUAGUAACUGUUCAGAACAAGGCCAAGUCGCAGCAUUCGGGAUGCUGGGAGUUUGGAGAUGUGUCUUUUGAUGACGAGGACACUUUCUAACAUUGUAGGAUUACGAAAAGUUAAUAAAAAUUCGAUCGUUUACUGUG